AUGGCGUCUGGAGGCCCUUCUCCCGCGGUCGACCUGCGUGCUCAGGUCAUUGAGAAUUGCGAAUUCUUCAGUGGGCGGUAUGCCCGCAUUUCGCUGGUCAUCGCCAAGGAGCCCCUGGGUUCGUUCAAGGCUAUUGUGCUGAGGACUGAAAACGGUGUGCGAGAUGCACUGCUAUCUGAGACAGCGCCAUCGUUCUACGAGGCCCUUCAAGCUCUCCAUGUCAAAUCUGCCGAGGCGGUCCAGAACUACAUUGGCACCAACGGCUUUGCUGUCCCGUCCAGCGUCAAGAAGCCAAACUCGAAGCAUUUUGGCAGCAGAGACGACGGCCAUGAGAGCGAUUCGGCCUCGUCCGCCUUGACACUGGACGAGUGCGAGUCGCUGUCCGACAACGAGACUAUCUCGGUGACUUCAGUCGGGAGGGAGAAGCGCACUCGUCGCAAGGCUGACCAGUCGGCCAAGACAAGUGCGCCAGAGCACAAGUCGCGACAGGGCCGGCCGAGCUCGCCCUCGCCCUCCUUUUCCACAACCCGAGCGCGUUCUCGGUCGAGCUGCUCCACCUCGUCCGACUCGGAGCUUCAUUACGAGGACCCAAGCAUCCCGCGUCGUCCGCCCUUCCUCAACGUAUUCUCCCAGCGCGUGCCCCCCGGGCCGCCCCAAUUCACACCCUCGGGCUCCUUCCCCAGGGGGCCUCCUCCUCCUCCACCUCCACCAUCAGGGCCUCUCGGUGAUAUCUCGACAGUCCCAAGAUACAUCCCACCCAUGCGCCCGAUUCCACCCCCUACCUCCUUCACCAUCGUGGACAAACGACCACCUCCGCGCGCCCCAGCGAUCAUGACCAUCACCCCAACCUCUACCCCGACCACUCCUCCCACUAACCGGCCCCCGACGACCACCACUACGCAGACGCAACAACACGACAUAAUCCUCCUCAUCCGCUGGCGCUACCACGGCGAGCGCCGCGCCCUCGAGCAGGCAAGCCACAUGACGGUCCGCGGCAUCCAGCUCGCCGCGCUGAGCUUCGUGCAGCGCCAGGCGGCAUUCUUCGCUAACGUGCCGCCCGAGGGCACGCUGGCGCACCGCGUGGCGCUGGCGGGGCUGAAGGCGGCUGUGAGGAGCGUGGUGGUGGACGGAGUGGUGUAUGACUUGACGGGGUACGCCGCGGAGGGGGAUCUGACGAGACUGGUGGCUGGUUUGUGUGCUUCUUCUUCAUCUGGGGCCAGCAAGGCGGACGGGGUGCCGAGGUUUGAGGUGGAGGUGUGGAAUGUGGGCGGGAGCGUUGGCGGGCAUGGCGAGGGCGUGGUGGGCGGCGUGGGUGUGCCUGUUCGAUUGGGGUCGGGGGCUGGUGGGGUGAGUUCUCAGGGUGCCGUGGGCGCUGCAUCUCGGAUGGUGUUCCCGCCACCUCCGGGGGUGUUCCCAAACUAG